AUGGCAUUUUCAUUUCGUAUUGGCACGAAAUGGUGUCAUGAUUUUCCGAAAUUGGCAAAGGAAUCUGGAUUUUAUUUCAAUAUGCAUAGAUCCAGAGUAAGAGUAGAUUGGAAUCGUAUAAGUAAUAUAGAUAUAGAUCGAAUUAUAAGAGAAAGAGACUUUCACUCCAUUGAUGACAAUAUAAAUAAUGUAAUAGAUUAUUGUUUAGAAAGUGAAUAUGAUGUUAAAAUCUUGGACCCCAAUUUCGUAAAACUUUUUUGCCUUGCACAAUUAGCAGUUGAAUAUUUAUUAUAUUGUAAACAAUAUUUAGAUCAUAGUGUAAUGAUAUUAAAAGAUGAAUUAAGAUUAAAAAUUGAAGAAAAUGUAAAAUUGAAAAAAGAAAUAGCUAGUUUGGAGGAAGUAGUAAAACAUAUAAAACAAAAAGCAAAAGAAAGGAGUAAAUUAAUGGAAACUAAAAUUGGAGAUAUUAAUGGGGAAGUUCAUAAAUGUCCACAUUGUCCAAAAACUUUUAUAUCCCCUAUGUUUGUAAGUGCCCAUAUUAUACGUCGUCAUGCUUAUGCAUCAAAUUUAUACAUGACUGCUUCUCCUAUACAUGAACAUUAUCGCAGUGAAACUGAAAAGUUACAUAAUGAAAUAAAAAAUUUGAAAGAAAGAUUAAAUGAAACAGAAAGAGUAAUAAGAAAUGAGUCUGAAAAAAUUCCUGAAAGAAAAAUAUUAGAAUAUGAUAAAAGGCAAGUUGAAAAUGAAAUUGAAAAUCUUAAAUACAGUAAUAAUAAAUCUAAAGAAUAUUCAGAGUAUAAAGGAUAUCAGGAAGAAAUAAAAAAUUUAAAAACUAUGCUUUUUGAUGAAAUACAUAAUUUAAAACAAAGAGAAAAAACCAUGUAUGAAUAUACUUCUGAAACAAAUGUUCAAGCAUUAAUAAAUCAGCAAGAAAAGGAAUUUCAAAAGUUAAAGAAUCAACUUUUUGAAAAACUUACUCCAGAUAUAGAAAAUAUGCAUGCAAAAUUAUAUGCUCAAGAAAAUUAUUGGAAGUCAAAAAUAGAAAAAUUAGAAAAUCAACAUCAUAAAGAUGUUGAGAAACUUACCACAGAAUUAAAAUUAACACAGAAUAGAGCUGAUGAUAUGAAAACCAAAUAUGAAACAAAAGUUAGUGAUUUAGAACGUCAAACUGCAAAUCAAUCAAAUAUUUUAAUUGAACAGAGUAAACAAUUAAAUUCUCUAACACACGAAAUAAAUGUUUCACAAUUAAAUGAAAAAAAUGAAGAUGUUGAAAAUAAUUCACCAAGGAAGUACAGUUCAUCUAAUAUAAUUGGAAAUGAUACAAUCAAUACUACAAGUUCAAAUUUAUCAAGUAAAAUAUUUCCAUUAACAACAGAAAGUCAAUUUUUAAAAAAUAUAUAUACCUUGAAUCCUAAAAAUAAAUCUAUUAUUUGUAAUGAUAAAAAGAGCAUUAAAGAAAGGAAUACAAAAAGUGCAAAUAACACAGACUGUAAUCAUAUAAAAAUUGACGAAAAAAAUUUAGAAUAUGAUAGUUCAAGUUCAUCAGAUUCAAUAUUUGAAAAAAGAGAUAAUUAUGAAGAUACAAAAUAUAAUUAUUCAAUUACAAAAAGUGAUUUAAAUGAAUCUGGUAUAAGUAAGCUGAAAAAUACUUUUAAUAACAGUAUGUCCAAUGAGUUUUUAUCUAAUAUCAAAAAUACCAAAACAUUAAAAUCUUUAGAAGACAAUCUAUCUUCUGAAACAAACUCGGGAUCAUUUAUCUCUGAUUCAAAUACAGAAAGUGUUACUACAAUUCACAAUUCUCCAUUACAUGAAAAUAAAACACAUUCACCGCGUUCUUCAAAGUAUAAAAGAACAACAGAACAUGGAUCAUUUCAUAGAAAACUACAAUCUAGUAUAAAGGAUGCUUUUGAACAGAAAUUACGAGAUUUAGGAAUAGAUCCAGAAUGGCAGGGAAUACCAAAAGCAACAUUCAAACAAAAAAUGGAUAUUUUAAAGCACCAUCACAAACUAACAGCAAAAAAGACACUAAAAUAUCAUCAAAUUAAACUAAAAAUAAUUGAAGAAAUUCUUGAUAAAAUAUCUAGGGAGGGAAAAAUUACAGAAAAUAUAAAACAACCAAAAAAAUUACCUUUACAUAAACCAAUAACUAAUGUUAAAUCGAUGGUGACAAAAAAACUUAGCAAUGAACAGGAUCCUGGUAAAGAAAUGACAUCAAAUAAAUUUCAUUCUACACCAAAAGUAAAAGAUUUGAUUAAAGAUAUAAUUGAAAAUGAAUCAAUACCUACGAAAGUUACAAAAACUUCAAAUUUUGAAACUAUAGAAAAAUUGGUACAAAUGUCUCCCAGUGUAAUAAAAUCUUCAGAAACUAUACAACAUACAAAAAAGACACAAGAGCCUCAAAUAGGAAGAGAUUCUUUGGAUAAAAUGAAACCUUUACAUGGCUUGGAAACACUUACAAUGCUAUCAAAAGAUAAAGUUGUAUUAAGUAAUAAAUCUGUUGAGAAUAAUAGUAUAGAUAAUUCAAAUGUACAACAGGAAUUACAGAAUAUUUUCAUAUCUCCAAAACAUAAUAAAAGUGUUUUAAAAUCUACAAUUGGUUCAACAAGUAGCUUAACAAAGAAAAAAGUUAUUUUUGAUUUAACAAAUAAAGAGAGUAGAGAAUCAUAUUCUGAUGAUGAUAAAACAGGAGUAGAAAAUAAAGAAUUAAAUGAAAAUAAUUGGAAUACUUCAAGUAUUUUCAAUGAGAAAAAGCAUUUGUCUCAAUCAGAAGGUUAUAGAAGUUCAAAUAAUAUCAUACUUAAAACUGCACAAAGUGAUAAAAUAGCAGAAAUAUCAAAGAAACUUGAAGCACAGCUAAAUAUGGUAAGACAAAAGCCUGUAGGAUCAGUUGAAACAAUAUUUUCUUCAAAGUACAUGCAAAAUAAUGAAAAUCAAAAUAACAAUAAUGAACAAAUCAAUUCCACUAGUAUAGGCCCUCUUUUAGUAAGUCCAUUUCAAGCGUCUAUAUCAAAUUCUAAAAAAACAAGCGAUUUUUUACCGCAACCAGCGCCGCGUAAUUUAACAAAUAAAAUGUCUGAAAUUUUACAUACAGAAUCUAUAUCAGAAAUGUCAGACUUAGAUUCUGAUAUAGAUAAAAUCUUAAAAUUAAAUUAA